GUAGAGAAUUGCAUGCUGAGAAGGCCCAACUGGUGAUUCUCGCGGAGCUAACCCGGCAUCUUGGAGUGCCCAUUGCCCAGAAAAAUGACUUGGGCCUUUUGGCGCUUCAUGAUGCGCUUCGAGGAGACUCAGUCCACCGCUUUGCACAAGCUCGAUUGCUGCUUCCCGUGAAUGAUGAGCACGGAGAGAAAAGCGUAAAGUUUAUUGGCCGUCAGCUGGCGAAUCUGAUUGAAUCGCUGGGGUCUGCAACAUACGUUUGUGAUGGUAAUUUUCGAUGUCGAGCCACUAAGCCGGGCAAUCAUCUGCAACGAACCAGAGUCGAUAGUCCGGCUUCUCGAACUCAACCCUUCGCUUGUCGUCGAUAUGCCAAGUUUCGGAUUCGACAGCCACCUCCACAUGGCUCUCAAGUUAGGCCGCCUCAACUGCUUCGAGCAACUUCUCGAAACGCUCCAGAUGCUGGAGAUUCCCGGUCCGCCGCCCAUUCAGGGAAGCCUACAGGCGCCCAUGGGGUCCAGAGGCCGGUAUCAGUCCCAUGCCCUGCCAGAAUGGCUUGUUAAACAGUGUGUGCGGCAGACUAGGGAUCUUGAGACAGACUCGUUUCUUUCUCGAGAUCCUCAAAGACUUGAAGCCAGCCGGCAGCCCUGUUGGUACUUAGGACCAUUAUCGCUUCUGAUUGUCAAUGGAUGUCCCAUGCGUCCUCGUUAUUUUGGUUGGUGGCCUCGGCAAACAUCUUGGUGUCCCACCUGCCCAGAAGUCUACUUUACAGAGCUCAGGAAUCGCCGUCAGCAGGUGAGAGCCCUGGCCCUGCAACUUUUCAAUCCCAUUGAGAUCAGGAAGUUUGAUUUGGACAAAGAGAUACUGCUUGACAGGCACUACGCGUCUGUCAUUCAACAUUUGCAAGGCCUUGACGUCCAGGUCCCAAUCCAUCUCAUAGAUGCUGAUAAAGGUGCCGAACCCUUACCUCUGUACCACGGCCGCAUGGACCGCGCGGUCGUACUCCGUGAAUUCGAUCAUGCCCACCACCAACGACUCUGGUGGGCACCAGAUCCGGGCAUCCAUACUGCUGUUGCAACACAUCUAUAUGAUGCCGGAUUUCGCGAUUUUGAGGCACCGUUACAUUGCGGCAUGACGCUGCUAGAAUAUCACACCGCCAUAUCUUGGAUGUGGCCCCGACAGCCGUCGUCAUGGAACAUGAUAUGCUGGAUCCUCGAUCACAGCACGCGCGUGGCAGACAUUCUUGCAAAGCCAUGGCGGGCAAAGCUAGAGCUUGGUAUCCCAUGUCCUAUUGCCAGGUGUGUCGCGUGCAACCCACAUGACGUCGCGCCCCUUGCUACAGUCGCACACAUACUUUCCAGUGCUCUCGGUUUCGACAUGUCGGAGCACAUCAAGGUUACUCUCUAUGAGGCGUCUGGACCUUGGCGGCCCAAGCUGGUACAAGUCGCCCUGAACAGUACCUACCGUGACGGGACAGGCUGCGUUUGCGCGCCGAAUGGUCGGACGCCUUUCAUGUAUUUGCUCCGCGGCUAUACAGAUAGGCAUCUUUUCAACCAAAACUCCAGCUCGCUCGCAACGGCGAUGGCUGGAUUCAUCAGGGUCUGUGGUGCCGAGUGGAAAAUCUGGCAUUUCCAACAGGCCUUCAGGCUUCUCACAUUUGAAGCACUGUGGCUGGAGCACACUUGCGAGCUCACACAAGAAGAGCUGGAGGAGGAAAUGUCUCAUUGUGUCAGAACUGGUCUUUCAGGCUCCGGCUCGGUACCCGAUGAGCUCAAGAAAAGAUUGUUUACAGACAUUGUGUCAAAAAUGACUGAAAUGGUUCAAGUCGAGUUUGUCGAUGCCUUUCAUCCUCCCGCGCCCUCGGAGAAAUAUGGCUCUGGGGAGAGCAGCGACAAGAAAUGCUCAGUGGAUGACUACGACGAUGGAUAUCCCCCAUACAUUCUCUCUUCGGGCGCUCAGCAGACACAACUUCAAAGUGGCCCUACCGAAUUUCGGUCCAGCAUCUGGAGAUCAUGGCUGGAAAGGUGGACGGAGCUUGUGGACGGCGCACUGGUCGAUCUGAACGAUAAUGCCCCGGUUGACGAUCUGAAAACAGCCACAGAGGCUAUUGGCGUCAUAUGGGGACCGCCGAAACCCAACCCCGGUAUAAACUUCAAACCCUGGCGCCGGUACCUUCCAGAUAGCGACCAGGGGUCCUCCUUGGAAUACUGGGCUCAGAGGCUUGAUGAGAUCUAGGCCCCUGCCACGGCUUCAUACCUCUCAACUUUAGGGAUCCGUUUAGGUUCAGAGCAGUGUAGACAUGACAUACUCAAGGGCAAUGAAAGCCUACAUCAUACUCCCUUUGUGUGGCGCGUGGCACAGUCAGAAGAAUGGAUAAAUCAGCCCGCACAAUCAACGGCUCUAUCUUCGGAUAGGUAACUCGACUGUCCGCUUGGUCCUCUGAAUGAUUUUGCCGUGGAAUCCCAAGACCACUAUGAAAACAGCUAUGUCACGGUCGUAGGAUAGCACUUAAAUAUGCACCAUUUGAAAUAUCAUGACCACGA